AAACUCUUAACAGAAACAAAAAAAAAAAAUAAUUCGAAUAUGUUGGUCUAUCUUUCACUCUUUUCUUCCUCUAUAUUUUCUAUUGUCACCAUUAAUCUUUCCCCAUCACAUCCUCUUCUACUCCUUAUGCAUAUAAUUUACUUCCCAUGUUAUUAAGGAUGAAGAAGUGUGGGCGAUGGAACAGUAAUCUGUCCAUAUUUGUGAUCGUAUUUUCCAUAUUCCUCUUUGGAUGCUUCAUGUACUAUGAGGAAGUCGAGAUAAUUACUGAAUUCCCAUUUUCCAUGAUCAAAACUCUUGGUAUUAACAAAGUUUCAUCUGUAGUGAUGAAUUUAAGAAGAGAGGGUUUCUUUAUACAAGACUUAGUGAAAGCUGAAGGAAAAACAGAAACAGAAAAAGUUGAAAUGCCUACUCAUUUAGAAGAGGAGAAUAUUGAGUUGCCACCUGAAGAUUGUGAUCUUUUUACAGGGCAAUGGGUUUAUGACAGUGUCACUCACCCUAUUUACCAAGAGCCUGAAUGUGAGUUUCUCACAGCACAGGUCACUUGCAUGAGAAAUGGAAGAAAGGACUCCAUGUAUCAGAAUUGGAGGUGGCAACCCAGAGACUGUUCUUUACCCAAGUUUGAACCAAGGUUGCUGCUUGAGAAACUGAGGAACAAGAGACUCAUGUUUGUUGGAGAUUCGCUGAACAGAAACCAAUGGGAAUCCAUGGUUUGUUUGGUUCAAUCAGUAGUUCCACCAGGCAGAAAAAGCUUAAACAAGACUGGUUCUUUAUCUAUUUUCAAAAUCGAGGAUUAUAAUGCCACAGUGGAAUUUUACUGGGCUCCAUUUCUGGUGGAAUCAAAUUCAGAUAAUCCAAACUUCCAUAGUAUAUUAGACCGGAUCAUCAUGCCUGAAUCAAUCGAGAAGCAUGGCAAGAACUGGAAGAAUGUGGACUAUCUCAUCUUCAACACAUACAUUUGGUGGAUGAAUACUUUUGCCAUGAAAAUUCUACGAGGAUCGUUCGAUGAAGGAGCGACAGAGUACGAUGAGAUUGAGAGACCAGUAGCUUAUCAGAGGGUUUUGACGACAUGGUCGCAAUGGGUCGAAAACAAUGUGGAUAGCAAUCACACCAAAGUCUUCUUCAUGAGCAUGUCUCCUCUACAUAUGAAGAGUUCGGAUUGGGGCAAUCCAGAAGGGAUAAAAUGUGCAAAAGAGACAACCCCAGUAUUAAACACAUCAAUGCCUCUAAAUGUUGGAACAGACAAGAGACUAUUUGUAAUAGCAUCAAAUGUUAGUCAGUCCAUCAAUGUCUCUGUUGACUUCCUCAAUAUUACCUCUCUAUCGGAGCAUAGGAAAGAUGCACACACCUCCGUCUACAUCACUCGGUAUGGCAAAACGCUGACGCCGGAGCAACAAGCUGAUCCAGCAACAUACGCUGAUUGUAUUCAUUGGUGCCUUCCCGGAUUGCCUGACACUUGGAAUGAGUUCCUCUAUUCACGUAUUAUAUCUCAUUCUUGGCACUAAAAAGUUUCUUCCUCAUAUUGAAGUGGUGUUCGUUCAGUUUGUGCACACUUUAAUUAUUCCAUCAAGUACGCAUUACCGAUAGGCCCUUCGUUGUGCAGCUUCGUACUCUAAUUGUCUAUAAUUUUUUGAAUCUUUUUUGGUUAAGAAUCAAAAUUCUAAUUUUGUUGCUUCUUUUAUUUUUUUUCUUUGUCCUUGUAAUAUUUUCCUCAAGAUAAGAAAAAUAUUUGCAGUUGUAAUUUCCUGGGAGAUUUGCACAAAUAGGAUACUUCAAUACCCGUUGUUUAA